CGUUAGGAGCGUGUUGUAACCAGGUUUUUCAGCAUGUCGGAGGCGGACGCGGUCAACGGAACGCUGGCCGAUACGGGUAUUGAUGAGGGUGAUGCGCUUGACGCGACAAACGGCGAGAUGGGACAGCUCGACGAGGAAGCGACUGCCCUCCUGAAAGAGCUCGAGGACUCCCAACUGGAGGUGCAACGUAUGCUUGAAGCACAGCGUGCUCAGGCCCAAGAGCUGGGCGGCAUGAAGGAUCACCUGUCUGCGGAGCUCCUUCAGCUCAAGGACGACGCCUGGAAGCUGCACCUCUUUGCGGAACUGGAGAUGCUCAAACGGCAACUGGCCGCCAUCAAUAACCUUGAUGCCGAUCUGGACGCUAUGGAGGCCAAGUUGGAUGCGGAGGAGGGUGACCCAGAUGAGGCUGCGUUCCAGGAGGCCUUGGCAGAGGCUCGCGCAGGCACGCAAGGCCUCUUGGCACGUCUGGGCGGUUCCACCAGCCGCCCGGCCAGGCCACUGCUGCCGACUGCAGAUGGCGAGGACGCGGCUUCCACGUCCAUGACGGGUGGCAGCGGUGGUGGCGCGGAGUCCAAAGCAGCUGCCGCGCCAGUUGGUGGUGCUGCCGAUGCUGUUGCGGCUGCUGAGAAGGAGGACGAGGAGGUGGCGGGUGAGGCGGUGGAGGAUGUGGAAGCGCUUCAGGAGGAGUUGGAUGCGGAGCUAGACUCCAUGAUGAAGCAGCUGCAGGCCAUCAAGGCCGAGUCCGCCAUGGUUGCCGCACGCAAGGCCCAGCUGGAGAUGGAGCUCAUGCAGCUCAUGCGGGACGAGGCGGACGACCUGACGUCGCAGCUGCGAGAUUUGGGUGUCGGAAGCGGGGAGGGGGAGGGGCAGGCGGGGGCCAAUGGCGGCGGCGAGACAGCGGCGGCUGAGGCAGCCGGAGGCGACGCCGCAGCACCGCCCUGA